UCGUUAGCUGUCAACGUGUUUUUGUUCACAUUGUUGAACGUUGUAAAUAAAGAAGUUUUUUCAAAAAAAUUGUCUUUCAUUUAUUUUUUAGUAUUAAAACGAUGUAUUCACAUCAUAAUGAUAUUACAAGUAUUCAGAGUAAACUUCGUGACGCGUUAAAAGUAAUCAAAAUUUACGAAUGGUUAUUGGACUCAUAUGUGUUGGAUUUUUACGUAGAUAAUCACUGGGAUAAAAUGCCAAAAUCAUGGAUACAAACACUAGGUCAUAUUUCGCCCGAACAUUUAACCGAUUUGCUCAUUCCUCCCGUACAAAAUACCGAAUGCACAGUAUGGCCAUUGUCAUUACUUGCACUGAGAACACUAAUGCAGCGAUUGUGCAUUCCAAGGGAACCCAUUUCAUUUUCACAACGAAUCGAUGCCGAAGAAAAUCAAAGCGAUUCAAAUAAUAAUCCGAAAAAAAAGUUCAACUGUUUGACACACCCGAAAAUUGGUACAGUUUUAACGAAGAAAAAUAUUAAAGCGAAAAAACGGCAUGAAAUUGAACGUAUGAGCCAAUUGACCGUUAACAUUGCACGCGAAUUAAAUGUAAAUUAUGUUGUGGACUUUGGAUCUGGGCUGGGCCAUUUGGCAAGAGUACUUGCCUACGGUCAUGGACUAAGAGUAUGCUGUUUGGAAAAAGAGAUCACGCUCACUGAUCAAGCAAAUGAAUUAGAUAAUCAAUUGACUGAUUUGGCAACAAGAUUUUGCACCGAUGAAAUUACAUUUCGGCGUCCCGUACAUUUGAACAUAUGCUUAAACCGCGAUACAUCGUUCAAAGAUUUAGUUGCGGCUAUAAAAAAAUCAUUCGGAAUUGCUGUGAAUGAAACAUUUAAAUUUGGUAUAAUUGGUUUGCAUCCGUGCGGAGAUUUGGCAUCCAUUCUGACAAAUUUCUAUUUGCAAAGUUCAGAGGCAAAAUUUUUGAAUUUAGUUGGAUGUUGCUAUUUUAAAAUACAAAAUCUCAGCAAUUCGACGAACAUUCGAAAUAAAGGAUAUCCGCUAAGUGAAUAUUUGAAUAGACAUUUUGAUCCAAAUGAUUAUCAUUUGAGUUUUGUGGCCCGUGAAAUAUCAUGCCAUGCAAUUGAAGUGUAUGCGAAUCGUUUGUCGGAUAAAAAUUACGAUAAUUUGCGUGUGCAUUCAUUCCGUGCGGCCAUCGAAAAGAUUAUUUGUAAAUAUUGGCCAGAGAAAAAACGUUCCGGACUCCGCAGCAUCAAACGUUUGACCACAUUUCGAGACUAUUGCCAUCAGGCAGUCAGUCACCUUGAUGGCAUUCAUAUCCCAGAUCAUGACAUCGAUUCGACAGACACGCUAGCGAAUUUGGAGCGUUGGAAAUCCGUUGUCAUAUUUUACACACUUCGGUUGGUGCUUGCGCCUCUAGUUGAAAGCGUUAUAUUAUACGAUCGACUGUUGUGUCUUCUUGAACAUGGUUGUCACACGAAAAUCGAUGCGAUAUUCGAUCCGGUGAUCUCAGCAAGAAACCAUAUUAUCACUGCUGUUAAAUCAUGACUUUUGUGCUAUUCUAUUUGUGCCUUGCGAAAUAUAUUCUAAUACUUUCUUAACUGGACCAAAUAAAAUAAAAACUUGGUUUAUUGAUCAAUCGUUUUA